AUGGCUGACCGCUACAUCCCCGAGCAUCGGCGGACGACGUUCAAGGCAAAGAACACCUUCAAGCCUGAAGAGCUGAGACGCCGCCGCGAGGAACAACAAGUCGAGAUUCGCAAAGCCAAGCGUGAGGAGAACUUAGCAAAGAGAAGAGGUAUCACUGGUGGAGACGGUUCGCGUCCUGGAGCUUCUUUAGGGGCCGAACCGGACAGUGACGAUGAUACUGCUCCCACCGAGAGUCAGUUGAAUGAGGACCUUCCCCAAAUGGUCGCUGGCGUUUUCUCCGAACAAAUCGACCUUCAAAUUCAAGCUACUACGAAGUUCAGAAAGCUACUUUCCAAGGAGCGAAACCCACCUAUCGAAGAAGUCAUCAAAACUGGAGUCGUCAGCAGAUUUGUGACCUUCCUCCGAUCUCCUCAUACCCUGGUACAAUUCGAGGCUGCAUGGGCUCUUACCAAUAUUGCCUCUGGUUCAGCACAACAAACACAGGUUGUCAUCGAGGCUGGAGCGGUCCCCAUAUUCGUUGAGCUGCUUGGCAGUCACGAGCCUGAUGUUAGAGAGCAGGCUGUCUGGGCUCUGGGAAAUAUUGCGGGAGAUAGCCCUUCAUGCCGAGACUACGUUCUGAGCUGCGGUGCCCUCAAGCCUCUCUUGAACCUCUUGGGUGACAGCCGAAAGUUGAGCAUGCUCCGCAAUGCUACCUGGACCCUUAGCAACUUCUGUCGUGGCAAGACACCGCAGCCAGACUGGAACACCAUCUUGCCCGCACUCCCCGUUUUGGCUAAGCUGGUUUAUUCCCUGGAUGAUGAGGUCCUGAUCGACGCUUGCUGGGCGAUCUCAUAUCUUUCCGAUGGUGCUAACGAUAAGAUCCAAGCUGUCAUCGAAGCUGGCAUUCCUCGUCGCCUCGUCGAGUUGCUCAUGCACGCAUCCACCUCUGUCCAGACCCCUGCCCUUCGCUCCGUUGGCAACAUCGUCACCGGUGAUGAUGUUCAGACCCAAGUCAUCAUUAACUGCGGUGCUCUUCCCGCUCUUUUGUCACUUUUGAGUUCUGGUAAGGAUGGAAUCCGCAAGGAGGCAUGCUGGACAAUCUCGAACGUUACUGCUGGCAACUCUACCCAGAUCCAAGCCGUGAUUGAUGCAAACAUCAUCCCCCCCCUCAUCCACCUUUUGUCUAAUGGCGAUUUGAAGACUCGCAAGGAAGCUUGUUGGGCUAUAUCUAAUGCCACAUCCGGUGGACUUCAAAAGCCGGAGCAAAUCCGCUAUCUCGUCAACCAGGGCUGCAUCAAGCCUCUAUGUGACCUCCUUGCCUGCCCAGACAACAAGAUUAUCCAGGUUGCCCUUGACGGUCUAGAGAAUAUCUUGAAGGUUGGUGAAAUGGACAAGGAUGCCGCUGGUGAAGGACAAGAAAGCAUCAACAGAUAUGCCUUGUUCAUUGAGGAGUGCCAAGGCAUGGAGAAGAUCCACGAUUGCCAGACGAAUGCCAACGAGGAGAUCUACAUGAAGGCAUACAAUAUGAUCGAGAAGUACUUUUCAGACGAGGACGAUGUCGCUGAGGCCGAGGACGGUACUACCAAGCCUGACGGUACCUUUGGCUUUGGCACAAACACUGCUCCCCAAGGCGCUGGCUUCAGCUUUGCCAGCCCCAACGGCGAUUCGAUGGAUAUGUAA